CUCACAUCAAGUAGCUAGAGCUGAACAUUUUUGGAUUGACGUUGAAUGCAAAUAUUAAACAAACAUAGGUGUAGAAUUUAAAAAAAUAAACAAUCGUCUGAAACCGUGAAGAUUAAAAUGUAUUCUGACACAAAGUGUGCGCUUGGCUUCACUUUCUGUCAAUCUAUUGUCAACUCGUCCAUUAAAGGGUGCCCCUCUGGACGCGUCAUCUGCAUUUGCCCCUCUGCAUGUCUGCAAGCGGCGACCACAACAGCGGUUUAGCAGACCGAUGUAGCAUUUGGUGGUAAUGGCUUCUGAGAAGCACCUGCUGGUGAAGACGAUGACUUUUCCUCGGUUUUUCGUGCGUUCGCUGUAGAGCCCGGUCGGUCGCCACCGUGACAUUCAGGAAUGUUAACGGAUAAAUCUUAAUUACAGAAAUCGGUCGAAUGUAUAUUAGGGAAAGCGGCCUUCAUAUUUCAUUCCGAAGCCUGGGACUUGAUUCGGACUAUCGAAGGGAUACGGGAUGUCUGCUAAUGUGUCGUGAUGGGGAAAUGAGCACAAUGGGCAUUUACUGCUGCAUGGACGUUUCUGACCACACCAAAGCACAGCGAUUGCCUCUGUGCUGAGGGUAUGGGUGUGUGGAGGGGCCUGCUCCUGAGCUCUCUCUGUCUCACACUAUAGAUGCUCACUGCCCGGCCCUCAGAGCCGCAGUUGUCCUUCUCGACCUCCGCCUCCCACCCUCUCCCUCCGCCUCCCACCCUCUCUCUUUCAGUUUGUAAUCCCUGUCAAACUGCCCCUCUCUCCUCUGUCUACCCUUCCAGUGGCUCCGAGUUUCUCAAAGCUGUCUCUGUUUAACUUCAUCUUUUCUCUUGAAACACCCCCCUCUUUCUCUUCUUUUCCCUGUAUUUUUUCCCCCUGACCCCUUUUUCUCUGUCUGUCUCUCUCUCUCUCUCUCUCUCUCUCUCUUGUUCUCUCACUCCAACGAUGCUGUGCUGUGGUCGAGCGCUGGACUCCCCAUGUACCUUGGCUAUGCUGGUGGGGUUCCAGUUUGCGUUCGUCCUCUACUUCUCCCUAGGAGGGUUCCGGGGCCUGGUGUCAGUGCUCGUCCACUCCACCGAGCCCGAGUUUGACUACUCGCGGCCCCACGACGUCUAUACCAACCUCAGCCACCUGGGGGCGCUCGCACCCCAUCACACAGGACCAGCAGCACCAACAGGGCCAACGCCACAGCUGAAAGACUGCCAGGUGCCCUCGCCACUGUUGGUGGGUCCUGUGUUGGUGCGCCUAUCGUCCCCUCCCUCGCUGGACGAGAUCAAGGAGAAGAACCCCCUGGUGACUCCAGGGGGUCACUACACUCCCCCGGACUGUGAGCCAAGGCACCAUACGGCUAUUGUAGUGCCCUACCGAAACCGGCAGGCUCACCUCCGAGCCCUCCUCUACCACCUCCACCCUUUCCUGCAACGCCAGCAGAUCCACUACAGCAUCUAUAUUGUGCACCAGCUUGGAAACGCAACUUUUAACCGCGCCAAGCUGCUGAAUGUCGGGGUGCGAGAGGCACUACGGGACGAAGACUGGAGCUGCAUCUUCCUCCAUGACGUUGACCUACUCCCUGAAAACGACCACAACACAUACACCUGCCACCCUCAGUAUCCAACACAUCUCUCUGUGGCCAUGGACAAGUUUAGGUACAGACUGCCAUACCCACAGUAUUUCGGCGGCGUUUCUGCUGUAACUCCAAACCAGUACCUCAAGAUGAACGGCUUUCCCAACCAGUAUUGGGGCUGGGGAGGGGAGGAUGAUGACAUCGCAGCCAGGAUACGUCUCUCAGGGAUGAAGAUAGUGCGCCCCCCGGUGGCUAUUGGCCAUUAUAAGAUGAUCAAGCAUAAAGGGGACCAGGGUAAUGAGCAGAACCCACGCAGGUUUGACCUGCUUAAGCGUACGAGGAUAAACUGGCGCUCCGAUGGGCUGAACUCCCUGACCUACCAGCUACUGUCCAAGGAGUUGGAACCGCUGUACACCAACCUGUCAGUCAACAUUGGUGAUGACCCCCACCCUUCCAAGAAUGGCCAGCCUCCGAGGAAGCAAACCCCACCUCCGGUCCACCACCCAGACAAAUCUAAGGCAAAAGCCAAGCUGGUGGCUCCCACAAAACCUGUGAAAACUGACACCGCCCAGCGGACGAAAGCCAAUGAGACAUCGGCUCGGGAAGAGAAGGCGGGGACGAAGCAGGAAGUGGGCUGAUUUCAGUACCGGUGAUUGACGGCUCUGCUACAGGCUCUGUGCUGUAUGGAUUCUGUCAUAAAAGAUAAAAGGUCGAUCUGAAUUCAGCUGUUUUUUCCCCUUAUUCCUUCUUUACAGCAGAGCUUUGUCUCAGUUAUUCUCAAUAAUAAGAUAGCCACGCCACGAAUAUACUCUCACAGAGAGUGGACCACGAUCAGCUUUUCAAAACACCCUUGAAUGUUCCUUGAAGACUGUCAUGAUAAUUUGAUGCACUGGUUCAGCAGCUUGUUCGGACAAAAACUCUACUCUGACGGGUGGCAAGAUAUUUCAGUCUCGCCACGGUGGUUGUAAAUAUCUCUCCCGGGGGUGAAGUGAGUGUGUGUGUGAUUGGACACAGUGCCAGUUUGUGUGUGUGUGUGUGUGUGUGUGUGUGUGUGUGUGUGUAUGCUUAUUCAGCCAGUUUGCUGCCAGCUGCUGCUCUGUGCCCACCCGUGUGGGCUUGUCUUUCUGUGCCUUUUUCUCGCUCUAGUACCAUUUCUCUUACUGAUGUGUAUCGGUUGUGUGUUCUCAACCCAGAUUCCUUCUCCAAGAGGAACAUGUUUGUUGGUUUGCAGAACAGACAUGCUGUUUUGUAUCAGUGUGCAUGGCCGGGUUAGAGAUAUUGCUGCUGAACAGGUUUCUUAUCACUGUGCAGUUUUGUUGUUUUUUGUUUUUUUUGGUUUAAGCUGUAGAAGAGAUUUCUAUAUCAUGAGUUUACACUGGUUUGUGUUCUCAUUACAGAGCUAUUUAUGCUUAGUUUAUCUUCCCAUACCUCUUAAGAUCAGAGUUUAUAUUUGUAUAGCAGUACAGUACAUAUCUAUUUUCACUUUAGUCCGUGUUUGGUGCCUCUUUUUGAUUAGAACUUUUAAUUUAGAGACAAUCAGUAGCCUAAAAUACAUGGUUCUAUCCAAUCAUACCAUGGAGGGAGAAAAAAAAUCAAUUAACCAAAAAAGGAAAAAAGUUGAAAAUAGUAAAUAAAAAGACUUAAGAACAUAUUUUAGACAUCGUAAUGAAAGUAUUGUUUUGAUGAAUGCAGUUUUUUUUUUUUUUUUUAAUUUUAUGAAUGUGUCCGUGGGGUUACGCUUAGUGCUGUCUCACAUAGAGAACUUCCUCUGCACAGCUGUGUCAUUGCCUAAAUGUAUACGUUUUACUCUGGUUUUGGUUUUCACCUUUUAUGUUGACAACAAUAGCUUGGUUUGGCCAGAGUUCAGGUUUCCAUGUCUAUAAAUCCUGUAAGUAUAUCUGUAGGACAGAGGGGCAUAUUGUGUUACUUCAAAAGCAUAGUGCAUGAUCAGAGUGUAAGCUCUAGUUCCUUAUAACUACAAUAUCAACAUGCAUUGAUACCUGCAGUUGUGGAUGGGCAUCCUGAUCACAUGACACUUUUACUCAGUACAUUAUUAAUUUGUAGUAAAAAGACAAGAAUAGUCAUGAUAAUGUUUUUAAUUUUGUCAGCAGUACUUCUAUCAAUUUCAAAUGAUGUGGUGCACUAUUAGACCAAUUAAUUCAUGCAAUAGUGUCAUUUUUCUAUUUUAAGCUAUAUCUUCCUUCCAGAAACGUAGUACUAACACACAUAGUACAGAGGGCUGUCCGGCAUGCGUCAGACAAAAGACAGUUUCCAUUCAACAUACUGGCAGGAUUUCCAUAGUAUACUAUAUAUGAUAUAUAUUUACUAAAUUAGUUUUAUAUCAGAUGUUUUGGUUUUAGGAAAUGACACAUUACUUGAACUACCUUACUGUGCAUAGUUACCAUAGAUAUUUCUUUGGUAUCUGUUUGACUUGAAUUAAACUAUGUACUGAUAAGACGCUGUAAAUUAAAAGUAUUUAAAAGA